GUCCCGCUCCUGCUGUCUGGGUUGGUUGUAAUAUCUCUGUGCGUCGCUGCAUCGACAAGGUGCUUGCUGCAUCCAGAACCACACAACAAUAACAGAGCCGACCGCCUUACGAAUACAUACCAGACCCAGCCAGGGUCGUCUGUCCGGGCUGCUCCCUGCCCCCCCCCAGUCCCUUCAUUCUUCUUCCCCUUUCGCCAUUAAACCCUGCCUUUAAACCUGACAACAUAUUUUUUCUCUCUCUUAUUCUGCUCCCGUCCCUUUCCCUGCCCUUCCCCCCUAAUUCUUGUUUCCGGUCUUUCCUCGUCUUUGUUCUCUCCCUUCACUCUCCGUCUGCAUUCCAAAGCGGCAAGGACUACCGGGCAACUCUUCAGAGCAGGUGGCUUUUGUUUUAUUGCUGCGUCUUCUUCUCGGCGUUCCUUCACCAACAUCGCUUGUGCAGUUUUGCGUAUUUGAGGAGCAUCGGUACACCACCGCUCUUCUCCCGCUCGUACACCUUUUGCAACCCGAGCAGCUCCUCGCCGCCGAUCGAACCGAUCCUGAACCCGACCGACCGACCGAUCGACUGCUGGUGGGCAAAGAGGGGGCCGACCUGACGGGAACGGACCUCUGUGGCGUUCCGUGGCCUGGGAGAUAUCUCAAGGACGGACCUGACAAACGCGGCAGCCUGCGUGAUUUGCUUUCCUCCCUCUUUGACAGAAGAGAAGCGAGCUCCGCUCCUGCCAUUGCUUGUCUCACACCUCUGGGGGUGCUCUUUCUCCUCCACCCAAUCCCGCAACUCAUAAUUGGCCGCCCUCCGCAACCCUCGUCCCGUUUCCUCUGGCCUGGUUCCUAAAAGGUCGGCAAGGACUCGCGAACACCAGACACAAACGUAACCUCGAACCUGAUCAGCACACUUUUCCUUUUUUGGAACCUCGACUCAUCCGCCUCUCUUCUGCCCUUCCAUAUCUUUCCUCCUCCUACACCUACUUAAUCCACCUUACCAGCUGCGCUGGAGGGCAACAGAGAUCUACUCGAAAGGAUCAAGGACCGAUCGCCGAGGACACAUUCGAACACACGUCAAAAUGAGCGAAAAGGGAAAUGGAGGUAUUGACGGCGGCUGCGUUGGACACACGAGGGCAAAGUCGGACGGUGAGGCCGUGCCAACAACGGAGCCGACCGUGGACACCAGGCCAACAGCCGCCCAGACGCCGAGCGAGCCUCAGUCGGAGUUUGCCCAGAGCAGCCAGCAGAAGCUGCGAUAUGAGGACAGAUCGGUGGCGAGGCAGCAGGACCUCGGCACGCCCGCGACACUACCAGCACCACUGUCGCGCAACCCGUCCGGCAGGUCCACGAGCGCAGAGUCAAAUGACAGGCGACACCAUCGCAGCAUGAGGGUAUACGAGCCGCCUGUCACCAAGGCCACGCUGAGCGAGCUGGACGUGAACAAGAUCAUCCACAACCCCAAGUUGAGGCACGACAUCAACUUCGACCCCGACCUGCACUUCCGGCCUAACCUAGACGGCGAGAAGGGACGGAGGAAACAGCAGAGGGCAACCGAAUUCUGGGAGUGCCUCAGCCAGCAGCUGACGCUCUUCGUGACGGACCGCGAGACGUUUGUCCAGCGCUACGGCGAGGACUCGGACUGGUGCUUGCCCCGGCUUUUGAAGGCGGUCAAAGAGAUUAUCCAGACGCUGGUGCCGGCACGGGACCGCGACUUCCUGGACGAGGGUCUGAACGUGGAGCUGCUGAUCCAGCAGUUCAACAGGGGAAUUGCGGACCUGGAGAAGCUGGCCUCGUGGCUCUCAUCAGUCCUGAAGUUACACUGCGCUCCUAUGAGGGACGAGUGGGUUGACGAGAUGUAUAGGGAGCUCAGCAACGGCAACCGCAACAACGACAUCAGUCUGUUGGUCCAGGGCAUGCGCAGUCUGCUUAGCGUGCUUGAGGCCAUGAAGCUCGACGUGGCCAACCACCAGAUACGCUGCCUGCGACCCGUCCUGAUCGAGGACACGGCCCACUUCCAGCAGCGCUUCUUCCACAAGAAGCUGCAGGCCCGUAGUAAGGUGGACACGGCCCGCGCCCGCCUCUGGUACCGCGACGCCGACCGCCAGUACUCGGCCGUUGACUCGCCGUCUGAUAUUCAGCAGGGGCUGGGCGAUAUGGCCGGAUUCUUCUACGGCAUCUCACGCCUGAUCCUGCCGUCGGCGGCUCAGGACCACUUGGAUGGCACCUACCGCUUCCCGGGCACAUUCCUGUUUGACCACGACCGACUGGAGAAGCUCAGCUCGGACGCUGUCGACGCCAUCUGCCUGGACAUGUGCAUGAAGCUGUACGACGAUCUCGAGCGCGUCUCGAGGAUCGCGCAGGCGAUGCCGACACCCUUUGGCAGCAGCCUCCUGCCGCCGACCUCGGUGCCGUCUUAUGUGCUCGACGACGACUGCUCGUCCCGCUCCCGCUCGAACCGGUCGUCGAUCAACUUUGACUUCAACACAUCACCCUCCAGGCCCUCGAGUCUGGUCGGCUCGGCCGCGUCUUCGCCACGGACAUCGGCCUGCAUAUUCACUCCCGCACCGUCCAACCCGGCGCUCGACUCGGCCGACACACGGGCAAAGUCAAAGAAGGUUUACGCGUCCCUUGUCGACCUCGUCCAGACGGCCGCGCCGGCAUCGAGCCCGGCGCACAGGUGGAGGGGGCUGGUGCCCGACGUUGCGCUGCAAAUCCUGCGGUCGACCGAGGCGCCGCUCGAUAUGCUGCCGACCGUCGAGCGCAAGCUCGACUCGUGGCUGUCCAACUGCCAGAGCGAGCAGUUCCAGGAGGCCAAGCAGGCGUUCCACUCCAAGCUAUUUGCCGAGCUGGCCGGCCGCGUCCGCGAGUACAAGAACCUCUCGGGUCUCGGCCUCUUCUCGGCCGCGACGGGGAGCAGGCUGCACAGCGGGCCGGGCGGCAUCGUGGCCACGUCGUCGUCGUCGUCGUCUAGGGAAGGGUCCAGCGUCGCCCAUCCGCCGUUCCUGCAGCUCGAUAGGGACGCCAGCGGCAGGAAUACCGCCGCCCGCGAGGAGCACAGCGUCGAGAACAUGGCGACGCGCCUUGCCCACCUGGGCAUCCUGCACUGGAGGGUGUGGGCCGACAUUACCUACCGCACGCCCGAGCCGGAAACCGAAGACCCUGCCGAGGUCACCAUGUCGGACUGCUAAGGGAGCAAUGGUUUAUUCCAUGCCACCCAUCUGGACCGUUUCCAGCACUUGUGGCCUUGCUGUACCACCUUCAUACCCUUACCUGGUCAUCUCGACAUGCAGACAUUUAAACCAAUCCUACAAUGAGACUGGCCCACGCUCGAACGGCGUUUCUCACCCCUACACUUUUAAUAAGGCGCAGCCAAAAACCCCUCUCAUCUCCUAUCAUGGUUAAUGAUAGAUCCUGGCUUGGGUCUCUCUCUCACUUAAUCACCUCGGCCAAAGCCAUUCUCCUUUGUUUGAUCCUGACCCUCUUUCCCGAGGCGAGGCGGGAAGCAACCCAAAAAGGAAACCAUCUCAUCAGAAGGACUCUCUCUAGAGGAGGAUUUCUCUCUGCUUCUAUCAGAUUACCCUUAGCUUAGGCGCUUGCAGUUAUUGGUGGUUUUUUUUUUUUGGUUUCCUGCUCAUCGUUUAUUUCUCUUUGUCUGCUUGUACUGAGUUUACCUCUCUCCCUUUCAUCUUAUCAUCUCUCUUUCUCCAAUGGGGUCGGAGUUUGGGAGAAAGGAAACAAUCAUUGCUCUUUCCUGCUUUUUUUUUCUUGGUUUGUCAUUGCGCUUCCGUUUUCUUCCGUCCUCCUCGACCAUAGACCACCAUCCAUUGCAAUUGGCGUCCGUAUUUAAGAAUCGAUUGGCCUCGUCUUCAAGUUUGCUCUCGUCAUCCAUCAAUCGAUGCUUUUUUUUUCUCUGAGUUCUAAUCGAAGGCUCUGGGUUUUUUCCUUCUCGUCCAAGUUUUAAUCAAGGCCUUUUCUUUUUUACCAUAGGCCCUCUUCAAUCAAUCAAGUUUACCGAGUGCCACUACGUUUUGUCUAAUCCUAUCGUGUCCUGAUGCGUCUAGCCCCCAUCACACGCCAUGUCGGCCAACCAACCAUUCCCGAAUGCAUGGCAAGUGAGGAACUGAGAGCACGGGACUGGGGCAAAGCACAGCCAAUGGUAGUCAUUGUCGACAUUUUUUCAGCAUCACACUACCUCCAAUCCCUAAUCUUGCCCUGUUUCCUAACCGUACAUGCCCACCGCAUUCCCACUCGAGGGCAGAUGCCAAUUCGCCGCAUCGUGAUUGGGACCAAGCGAGGUAGGAGUGGAUGGGUAAAUGUGCAUCCCAAGCAAGCAGCAUGCACGGGAAGAAGAAAAAGACAAUCCUAUUCGGCCGCCGCCAUGGCCAACCAAAGGGAGAAUCUGGAACUCAGGAAGGUGAGGGGGGGCGUUCAUGCAGCACAGCCCAAUGCAGGUUUCUGUUUUCCCGUCUCUCGACUUCUUGUUGUGGAAAAGGUGGGCAGCAAUGACGACGGCGUGCGUUUGCUGUUUUUCUGGGCGGGAACGGUGAAGAGGAUGGAGGGUGGUGUUUUUGGUGUCAUUGGUCCUGCUCUUACAACCCCUGGGCAGCCAGCAGACUGACUCUGGUAUAGAUGCAUGUCUCUAUUCAAUCGGAACUUGUCAACUAGGGUGAUUGCAUGGAUAGAAAGGGAAAGAAAACCACGAGAAAGAAAACGAGGCGGCGGCGGCGGCGGCGAAGAAUGGCAAAGAACAGGUUGCGGAAGCGGAACUCUUGUGAUGUGGCUGCAUUAGAG